AUGGCAGAUAACCCCUCGCUACGCCAGGCCCCGACCUUAUAUAGUGCUGAGGUGGCGAACAUGGCAUCCGAGUUUAAAGAGGACCCUUUUAGAGAAAAGGAUCAAGUAUCGUCCGUCAUCACGCCACAGCAAUCAUGGCAGUUUUAUGAAACUCAUGGAUUCUUCUAUCAAAGGAACGAGAUUGUUGGGGCUUUGGUGCACGCACUGUUUGCAGCUGGCGCAGCUUCGAAGGCAUAUCUGCCCCUCUUCCAGCCGCAACUCAGCCAAGACGAGCGCAUCAUGAGCAUUCUGACGAAUUACCCCUACGAACGUCCGGAUUUCCAUUUCGGUUGGGGAGGCUUAGACUUUUUCUACAGUCUCGACGUGUCCAACUCAACAUACAACGGCAUCGCGAUAUAUGCAGCCGAACCCGGCACGAGCUUUUGUUGUUGCGAUCAAUCUCAAAAACACAGCGGAGAUGGCGAGUGGACAAAUUAUGGCCCUCGACGUUUUGACGCGGAGUAUGCAGCACUGUACCGCAAGGUAUCCGUUGACCUGGAAUCUGGUGGCUUGUAA